AGUUGCACUUUGUUGAGACGGUAUAAAAACAAUAACGAGUUGAGUUACGUAUUGCUUAGUGGACAACAAAACUCAAAGGACGUGUGUUGUGCAAACUGUUCGUGUGAUUAAAACUAGAAUAAUUAGGUACUAUAACUAAAGAUAAAAUCGUUUGUUGCUGUAGUUUUGUGCAGUUGUGCUAAAUAGUGAGAAACAUAAAACAUGGGAGGUUGCUGGUCACGUAAAAGCGACGGCCGUCGGAAAACUACACACGUCACGACACGGUCGGGCUUCUGGGACGAUACACGUUGGGAAACUGAAGUGCGCUCUGUAACAGUAUAUACUCCACCACCGGAACCUUUAGUUCGACGCGUACCACCAGCACAGCCUGCUGAUCGUGUGUACACGUUCCAGAAACCGACGGUUGUGAGUGUACCAAAACCGAAGCCCCAGCCCCCUGCUCCUGCAAAAGAGAAACUUGUGCCUUUAUAUGGAGAGUACAAAUGCGGUAAAUGUAAAAAGUUUUGGGUUAGUCGUCUGUCCUGGCCCAACAGAUAUCAACAAUGUACGCGUUGCAAGUCAUACGUUCGUCCAAGAAACCAGAGGGAACUGCUUCCUACUGACUAUACUCGUGGCAAGGACGACAUCGGCUCGGAGCAUCCUCAAGAGUUUUGCGAGAUGUGUAAACAACUGGGAAAGUAUUGUGGAAAAUAUAAAUCACAAUAACAUAUCUUCAAUAUUUACAUAGACUUUGGUGAACUCAUACUAUUACAGAGUCGAGGUGUCAAUAUGAAAUGUCUCAUAAUGCACAAAUACCGCGCGCAUUUGACGAAAUUCAUACAAAUUAUUGAGCGCAACCAAUGCUGAUUUAGUGACAUUUUAGAUUGACUACAAUCUAACUAAUGUGUGUAAUGUGUAUUGACACUUUGGGAGAGAUUCUCAUAAAUUAACAUGACCACUUGUAUUUUAAUUUUGGAUGAGUAUCUUUACGAUUUAAUUUUCAUUUAUUAAUAAAAAUAAGAUUAACGAUA